CUGAAUCAUCGAAACAAAAAGAAAAUAUUAUAAAAACAAAUCAAAUUUCAAAACAUUAUCACACAAUAGUUGAAUCAGAUAAUGGAAGUGAAAUUGAAUAUGAUUCAGAUCCACAAAUUGAAUUUUCAGCUCAUGAAUCAGAAGAUAAAUUUUCUGAACUUGAUUCGGAUGAUUCUGAUUAUACCCAUCAGCAAAAAAAAGGAAAAUUCAAAGUGAAUGAAAAACAAAAACCAGCAAAUAAAAUUCAUGAUAUUGAUGCAAUUCAAGAAAUAAUUAUAGCAAAUCAUAAAGAGUUAAACAUAAAUGGUAAAAGAAAACAUGAUUUUGACAAUUUAAUCGAUGAAAACGAAUUGUUUGAUGACAAUAUAUCAGAUGUCGAAGAAGAAUUUAAAAUUAAAAAAACCAAAAUUUGA